AUGGCCCAAUACUCGAUCAAGGGUCGUCUUGUAGGCCCUGAGCGCGACAUGGCACAAGAGCUAAAGAAGUUUCUUAAACAGCUUUCCGAUCCGACUGCGACCCCUUACGCAAAAUUGAAACUUGAGACGAUGCAGCAGUUCCGCCAGGCUCUCUGGCUCGUUCAGGAACGCAUUGUGGCCACAGCCCCACUGGUCGCAUGCACAACCGUCACCGCUGGAUCCAAGAUAGUGCAUCAGAACGUCGGUCGUGAGUCCAAAGGCCUAGCCAUAAUAAUCGAUGAAGCUACUCGGGACCGUGAAGUCGACACAUACAUCCCACUCACUGCGCCAAGCACGAAGGUUGUCGCGAUUCAUCUUUUCGGAGAUACGAAAUCCCGCAUGCAUCCAAUCAUCUCUUCAUUCCCCAACAAGACGUUCUACGGCAAGCAAUUGUCUUCAGAUUCAAGUGUCUUUCCCCUGCUUCAGCUUAAGCUUGCUGUUGCUCUAAAGCGCAUUCUACACCUUUCUCCUGACGCUCCUGACGACAAAGCUCGUCUUCACUAUGUCGAAAUACAAAGCUCGAAGCUGCGUAAGUCUAGCCAAUCUUACUCUCGCGCAAAUCUGGAAUAUGUCGAAUGGGUUAUGAGAGCGAUCAAUGACCUCCACCAUGUUCUCAUGAGUAGCAUGUCGAGGAAUGUCAUGAUCCUCACACCUUACAAACGCCAGGCCGCUGAAUACUCUAUGGCAUUUAUCGAAGCAUACCGACGGUGGUAUCCCAGUGCUAAGGAUAUCAACAUGGACAUGGUUCCUCGUGUCUUCACCGUAAGCUCGGUUCAAGAGAACCAGUCCCGGAUUGUCUUCUUGGACCUGGUGAACAUCAGUGCAGAAAACAAACGCGACUUUGGUUUCUUGGCUGACGAGCACCGGACCUGUGUGGCUCUUACAAGGGCCCAGGAAGUUUUCAUCAUUGUCGGUGGUCCCUUCGAGGGUCGGAAGGCCUCGAGCUCUUUUACUCUACUUGAAUAUAAGAGUCUUCUUUCCUCUGACGGUCGACUUCUAUCGUUGAAGGCCCCGCCACUUUCUCGUCCAGUGCCGAAGGACUUGCUUGGCGAUACUGACAAGCCGAUUUAG